AUGCCUCGAAGAAAGGCUGCCCCUGCGGCUCCUGCUGCUCCUGCAGUGCCGCCGCUGGACGGAUGCGUCAUUGCCAUCAGCGGCAAGUUUGACAACUCCAAGCAUACCCAAGCCUCUCUCGAGCAGCUCAUCAAAUCCCUGGGCGGAAGCGUCACCAAGACCGUCGCCAAAAGCACAACCCACGUUGUCUGCAGUGAAGACGAUUACAACAACAACACGGCAAAGGUCGCUGCCGGCAAGGCCAAAGACUUGCCUGUGGUCAGCCCGGCCUGGAUCUUCGAGGCCGAGAAGGAGAAUAAGACAAUCGACCCACAGACCCAUGUCUGGGGCAGCGACAAGUCUGCCGGCCCACAAACCAAUGGCAAAAAGAGACCCAUCAUGGUGUCCAAGAGCGACGAUGACGAAGAGCCCGAGGCCAAAAAGGCCAAAACCACGGGCUCCAAGGCUGCGAAAGGAGCAAAGGGCAAGGCUAAAGCUGCCGACCCUGAGCCCGAGACGGAAGAAGCCAGCCAGGUGGCAGAGGGCCAAUUCAUUAAAAAGAAGGACUUCACAAUCCCGGUAGACGAGCACUGCCCGUUGGUCCACACCGUGGUAUACAUUGACCCUGAUUCUGGCCUGAUAUACGAUGCUUCCCUAAACCAGACGAAUGCAUCCAACAACAAUAACAAGUUUUACCGCGUUCAGGUUGUAUUUGAUGCCAAAGCAAAUCAAUACAAGACAUGGACUCGGUGGGGCCGUGUCGGAGAAACCGGCCAGAGUGCCAUUCUCGGCAACGGCACAUCAGCAGAUGCAAUCAAGAACUUCGAAAAGAAGUUCAAAGACAAGUCUGGAUUGUCUUGGGACAACAGAGGCGAUAAUCCAAAGCCAGGAAAGUAUGCCUUUGUUGAGCGAAGCUACAAUCCAGACGACGAGGACGAGGACGAUGCCAACAAGGCCGACGACAAGGCCGGUGUGAAAAAAGAAGACGAUGAAGAGGUCAAGAUUGCAGACUGCACUCUUGAGCCCCAAGUCAAGUCACUUAUGGAGCUCAUCUUCAACCAGCAGUAUUUCCAGGCCACUAUGACUGCCCUGAAUUACGAUGCGAACAAGCUCCCUCUAGGAAAGCUGAGCAAAACGACCAUCACUCGUGGUUUCCAACAGCUCAAAGAUCUCGCGGCCUUGAUGGAUGAUGCCUCUCUCGCAGCCAGCAAGUGGAACACUACCGUUGCUAAUGCCACGGAAAUGCUAUCCAACAUGUAUUACUCCAUCAUUCCUCACGCAUUUGGCCGCAACCGUCCUCCCAUUAUCAGAGACAGUGUCCUGCUCAAGAAGGAGAUUGAGCUGCUAGAAAGCUUGUCAGACAUGAAGGAUGCUGCAGACAUUAUGAAGAUUGACCACAAAUCAACAGACACGGUCCAUCCCCUCGAUAAGCAGUUCCAGAGCUUAGGUCUCAACGAAAUGACGGUACUGGACCCCGAGAGCACUGAAUUCCAGUAUCUCUCAGACUACCUUCACGGUUCCAAGGGAGAGAGCCAUGGCCACACUUACAAGGUUCAGGACAUAUUCCGAAUCGAAAGACAGGGAGAGAACAUCCGCUUCGACGACUACGUCGAGAAGAGCAAGAUCGGCGCCAACCGCCGUCUUCUCUGGCACGGCUCGCGCGCUACAAAUUUCGGUGGUAUCCUUAGUCAGGGUCUGCGAAUCGCGCCGCCGGAAGCCCCCGUCUCUGGUUACAUGUUUGGCAAAGGUAUCUACCUGGCUGAUAUGUCAUCCAAGUCGGCCAACUACUGCUGCUCGUACAUCUCCGGAGGCCAGGCGCUUCUGCUUCUCUGCGAAGCCAAGCUGGGUGACCCUAUGCAGCAAUUGACCAAUGCGAGCUACAAUGCCGACACUUCUGCAAAGUCGCAAGGCAUGGAGAGUACCUGGGGUAUGGGUAUGACAGCGCCGCCAAAGUGGAAGGACGCUGGGGAGGUGCAUGAGGGCCUCAAGGGCAUUCAGAUUCCCGACGUUUCCCACAAGCCAUGUGCCACCAACGUAGACGGCGCAUAUCUCAUGUACAACGAGUACAUCUGCUACGAUGUCUCGCAGGUAAAGCUGCGCUAUCUCUUGCGUGUUCAGAUGUAG